AUGUACGCAAUAUACUACUUAUUAUUUGUAUUAAAAUUCAUUAUAUGCUCAAAUGAUUUUGAUAAUAUCGAUAUAAAAUUUGAUAAAUAUUUACGUCCAAAUGAACCAGAUUUACAUAUGAUGAAUAUAGAUGACGCGAAUUAUCAAGGUCAUGAACAUUAUGAUGACUUUGAUCAACAACAACACCAUUUUAGUGAAUAUGAUCAUGAUUUGAUUACUGGUUCACAUGAAUACUCACAGAGAUUUAAAGAAUUAGAUCCAGAUGAGGCAAAAAGACAACUGGGAAAAUUAUUUCAUAAAAUUGAUACAGAUAAUAAUGAAAAAAUUGAUAAAGAAGAAUUAAAACAAUGGAUUGUUAAGUCAUUUAUGUCUCUGGAUCUCGAAGCAUCAAAACCACGUUUGAGAGAAUAUGAUGCCGAUGGUGAUGGCUUGCUUACCUGGUCUGAGUAUACAAGCAAAAUCUACGGUUAUUCAGCUAAAGAGUUAGAAGAAUUUCGGAAGGACAGUAAAAAUGAAACAAAAUUGUUUGUUCAGUCUUUAGAUGAUGAAAAGUUGAAAUUCGAUUCUGCUGAUCUAGACAGAAAUGGUUAUUUGAAUGAAAGCGAAUUUGUCGCCUUUGAACAUCCGCAUAAUUAUCGUCAUAUGGCUCCGUAUGAAUUGAAGCACACAUUAAGAGAUUUCGAUAAAGACAAGGAUGGAUAUAUCAGUGAAGUGGAAUACCUGGCCGAUGAUAAAAUGAAUAAAGAGACAAUGAUAAUUGAAAGAGAGAAUUUCAAAAAUUAUGAUCUUAAUGGAGAUGGGAAGCUAGAUAAAGAUGAAAUGGCUCUAUGGAUUACACCAGGUUUUGAGAAAACAGCUGCUGAUGAAACUGAACAUUUAUUCAAUCAAACUGACAAAGAUAAAGAUGGUGUGCUGAAUAAAGAAGAAGUUCUUGAACAACAAGAUCUAUGGGUUGGUAGUCAAGCUACAGAUUAUGGUAGACACUUGGAAGAAAUGCCUAAAGAUGAACUUUAA